GGUCUUUAGUUGCUAAAACGGGAUGCUGCGCGCAGUGGAGUCUGGACCCUCUCAAGCACGGGUGACGUCAUGCGCGCUCACGAGUGCCAGCAUCAGGACCACUUGCGCUGUGCACGCCCACAGACCGGGUCUUGUGCUGCUUUCACUGUCCUCUCUGGAGCUCCGGGCGCGCGCGCUGUCCGGUUCAAAGCUCCCCGCGAUGUUGGACCUGUCCGGCGGGUGGAACCUGUCCUUCGCGGGGUGCGGCUUCCUGGGGAUCUACCACAUCGGGGUGGCCAGCUGCCUGCUGGAGAAAGCCCCCCACCUGGUGACGGGGGCCACCCGGCUGUACGGAGCCUCCGCCGGGGCGCUCACCGCCUCCGUGCUCGCCAGCCAGGCGUGCAUAGCAAAGUGCUGUGAGGAUGUGAUCGCGGUGGCAAAGGAGGCCCGGAAGAGGAACCUGGGCCCGCUGCACCCCACCUUCAACCUGGUGAAAGUGCUGAGGUCCGGCCUGAACCGGGACCUGCCCUCUGACGCACACGUGCGAGCAUCUGGGAGGCUGUGCGUGUCCCUGACCCGCGUGUCCGACGGGCAGAACGUUCUGGUGUCGGACUUCAGCUCCAAGGAGGAGCUCAUUCAGGCGCUCAUCUGUAGCUGCUUCAUCCCUAUCUACUGUGGCCUGAUCCCGCCCUCCUUCAGAGGAGCGCGCUAUGUGGACGGAGGGAUCAGUGACAACUUGCCGCUGUCGGAGCUGAAGAACACCAUCACCAUCUCGCCCUUCUCCGGAGAGAACGACAUCUGUCCUCGGGACAACUCCAGCAGCUUCCACGAGCUGCGCUUCACCAACACCAGCAUCCAGAUGAACGUGGGCAACAUGUACCGCCUCAGCCAGGCGCUGUUUCCCCCAGAACCCAAGGUGCUGGCAGAGAUGUGUCAAAAUGGCUACAAGGACACUCUGCGCUUCCUGGAGGAAAACAACCUGCUGAUGCUCGAGUGUCCAACAGCCGGUCCCACGACCUCCAGCACCCCCGCCACCUGCUGCAGGCCCACUGAGACCACCAGAGACUGGGUCCUGAGGAGGCUCCGGCUGCUGCAGCAGAAGCACUGGUGGCUGGACGAGCACAUCACCCUGCCCACUCACAUAAAGAAAGUGUUCUGCGAGGCCUGUCAGGAUAGGUCGGGUCUGUACUCCACGGUCUCUACCAUGCUGCCUCUGAGGGUGGCCUCCUACAUGCUCAUGCCCUACACGCUUCCUGUGCAGUCGGCAUACUCGGUCGCUCAGAGGUUUGUGGAGUGGAUCCCAGAGGUUCCCGCUGACGUGCACUGGCUGGUGGGCGUGGCUGGUGACUUGUACAAACACUUCUGGAGACCAAAACCAGACGGCUCGAUCAGCGAGCUGGGACUCAGGAAGUGCAUGAGCGUACCCCCGCUGCCUUCAGGGAGCCCCGCCCUCAAAGACAUCCCACCCGCUGUCUCCGCCCUCCAGCUCCAGGACAACUACUGGGACGUCCCAAACUCCUCAUCUUUGACGCUCCCCCAGCAUCCUGUCAGCGCCCCCCCUUCCCCACAGGUCUGCUUCUUUGUGGGCUCCCAGGACGAAGCCUUCAGUCACUCGCAGCAGUGAUGGAUGCUGGGCGUUCUGUGAGGUGUUUAGGCGCUGGUUGGUAAAUCUGAACUCCUCACCUGCAGUGAGCUGCAGCACCCUCAGGAAGCAAACAUGUAGACAUUUUUAUCCAGCCCAAAGCUCCGGCGGAAGGAACCGCUCCUGGACAGAGCUGGACCUAAUCCUGCAGUGGAAGGAAGCAUCUCAGCAUCUCAGACCUGCAACGCUGAGCCGUCACCUGCAGUAGUCAGAUGUCUUAUUGCACACGUGAGACAAUCAUGUCCUGGUUAGGCAACCUGUCAUAACAAAUCAAACUACAGCUUCAUAAUGAUGCGACAGAGUCGGGUUUAAUAGACAAGUAGUUAUGAAUGUGAGAGGAAGAGGUUAAACCGUCAUUAAAAUAUUCUCAAGGGCUAAAAAAGUAAAAUUUGACAUGGAGCCCCAGGACAGUGCCCUGAGGAACACCAAAAGUGAAUGCAGGGGUCUCAAAGUUGAAUGCAACUCAAAAGAUAAUGAUCUGAAGCGGCCCAGGGUUGUGAGGAUGGAGCUAUGUUCUCUAGAGAUAAUAGUUCUGCAGGAAAACUGACUUUGAUGCCGUUCAGGGAUGGAAGCACUGACGUUUCCAGACUCUGUGUGGGGCUUUGAAUGCAUCACCUUCAAGAGAACCCUGAAGCAGCAUUGAAAGGAUUACCAGUAACACACCUCUGCCUCCAUCUGAGGUGAAGUCUUUCUCUACACAGACGACAAAUCAAAACAACUAUUCUUACAUAAGCUAAUGGAAAACAUUCCUGUGAUUGAAUGAGGCACGAUCACGUGAUUUUACCAGGUAAUUUUAAAAAUUGAUUCACUGUCUUUUCUUCAAACAUCUGUGCACAUUUUGGGUCAAGCGAGAGAGGAACCCUCUUCUUCUUCAGUCUCCAUGACGUGUGUUUCAAUAAAUCUCACAUUUAUUUUCAUUGUUUAAGAGACAAAAGCUUCAAUCCAACCGGCUGUCUGCACUUUAUACAAAGUUCUCAGAUGUUUCUGUGUUCACAGAGACAUAUGAGCAUCCCAUAGCAACAAAAACAACAACAGCUGUGUCAUCAGGAAGCUGUAUUCCUCUCAGGGAUGUCACUUCCUGUCCAUCCUCAUCCUUGUGUUUGGCGCCACCCUGUGGAUCCAUGUGGAAAUGAAAAAUACUUUUAUUUCUCCAACAUGAAUAAUUGUUAUGGGGUUUUUUAAAUGAAUUAUUUUAAAACAACUUCUUACAACUCUUUCAUAAUUAUAAUAACAGCUGUUGUUGUUUACAGAUGUGAGGUUUUGACAGGAAAGCAGUGUGACUGUAUCAGAGAUCUGACCUUAAGGUUGUAAAUAAAAACAAUGAGCAUGUUUUAACAUGCA